AAAAACACACAAGGCAUUAUUAUCAUGUCAAAGUUGUUGAAUCUGGUGAUCACAUAGACAACACACGGAUUCCAUGGAGACAAAACAGAGUAUCCCUCUCCUCGCGCCCUAUAAGAUGAGACUCUUCAAUCUUUCUCACAGGGUUGUUCUUGCGCCAUUGACGAGAUCUAGAUCGUAUGGUAGCAUUCCUCAGCCUCAUGCCAAAUUAUAUUACACUCAGAGGACAACACCUGGUGGUCUUCUUAUUUCCGAAGCCUGUACAGUGUCCGAGACAUCACUGGGCUAUCCGGAUAUACCUGGAAUAUGGACCAGAAAACAAGUGGAGGCAUGGAAACCCAUCGUGGAUGCGGUUCAUUCGAAAGGCGGUAUCUUCUUCUGCCAGAUUUGGCACGGUGGAAGAGUUUUUCAUCAAGACCAGCCAAAUGGGGAAGCACCCGUCUCCUCUACAGACAAGCCAUUGAUGUCCAAGAACAUGUAUGGUGAAGCUGGCUUCGAUGGAGUGGAGGUUCACGGCGCACAUGGUUACCUGAUCGAUCAGUUCCUGAAAGACAAAGUGAAUGACAGAAGUGAUGAAUACGGUGGGUCACUAGAGAACCGCUGUAGAUUUGCUCUGGAAGUAAUCGAAGCAGUGGUGAACGAGAUCGGUCCAGAUCGUGUUGGAAUCAGACUCUCGCCAUUUGCAGAUUACAUGGAGUCAGGAGACUCGAAUCCAGAAGCAUUAGGGCUCUACCUGGUGCAAGCUAUGAACAAGCAUGGAAUCCUUUACUGUCACAUAGUUGAACCAAGAAUGAAAACCCUUGAAGGAAUUCUUGAGUGCAAGGAAUCGCUUACGCCGAUGAGAAUUGCCUUCAAAGGAACGUUCAUAGUAGCAGGAGGUUAUUCAAGAGAAGACGGGAACAAGGCGGUGGAAGAGGGAAGAACCGAUCUUGUGGCUUAUGGACGGACGUUCUUGGCGAAUCCGGAUCUGCUCAGGAGAUUCGAACUCAAUGAGCCGUUGAAUAAGUACGACAGAACAACGUUCUACACUUCAGAUCCUGUCGUGGGCUAUACAGACUACCCUUUCCUCGAGACCCCAGAUACAACUGCUUAAGGGUUUUAUUGAAAUGCAUAAUUCGUAUUAUCGCAUAACAUAAUUAUC